AUGGCAGCCCCAAGAGACUACCUCAGUCAUCUUCCCUGGAAAGCCCUGAAGAUCGUGAUUUCCAACCUCUCUGACCUGCCCUCAAUCUUCCGUUUGUUUGAAGCAAGCGAAAAUGCCAAGAAUAUCAUCCUGUCUCAUGUUCCCAACCUUGCCCAGCUUAUCGAGAACAACAUCAACCGUCCAGUAGCUGAAGGAGGGCUUCACCCAGAGAAUAAAAUCCUACUCCGGUUGUUUGCAUUGAUUUCCUGGCGCCAGAUGUCAGGCCCCCACCUUCACAACCCACUGCCUGUUAACUACCACGAUGUCAUUCCUGCUCUGGCAAAUACCUUUUCGAUGGCCGCCUUGUCAUUUUCCUCCAUUGAAAAUCCAUACUCUACCAUACGGCAAUGUUUUGCCACCCAGCCUCUUCAUAACUCGAUUCCAUCCAUUGUCAUCUACCAAAUUCUGUCAUUGUCUUCUCUGGCUCAACAAGUCUCGCACGGUUGCUUCCAUGACUACAUGGCUCGCUGCAUGGCUUUGCCGCUGAGACAACUCAAACCAGACGAGAGUCCCCCCAUGGACUUCAGCCUUGAUACACGACCCAAAGGCAUCCCUUUGAUUCCCGUCGAUCUUGGCCCCCCAACCUAUUGGGAGGAACAACGACUGCUGCAAACCGCGCUGCGGUUUUUCCUCUUCUGGGACCUCAAGGAUGCUGUGGGAAACGGGACCUUCAACAUGGACCAUCCCGACGAUGGUCUCAUCUUCAAAUUAGAUAAUGUCGAAGGCUACUGGUGCAAACCUUUCCAGCAUGUCCCAGCUGUACUCAGCCGCAGAGGAAGGAUGAUGUGGUCGGAGAUCUACCAAAUGGGAGCCUUUCUCGCGUGGGCUAAGUCUUGCAACCCGGGAGUCCCUCUCAGCAAAGACUGCCUCCAUUCUCUUCUUCGCAACUCCCCUGCGUCGAUGCCCUGCUGUGCACUCACACCAGCCGCCCGGAACGGGUUCGUGUCCGGCGACAUGGCGAUGAUCAAUGGCAUUCCGCCAGGAUGGAGUAUCUUGGCGAGACUGAAGGAGAGCAUCAGUGGAUUUGCGCAUGUGGACACUGAGUUCUUCAUGCAGUUCGGGUUCGAUUUCUGGGACCAUGAGAGGCUGCAGGCCUUCGGGCUCACCCACGGGCCCAUUGGCAGAAACCAUGCGCUGUAUUCUUACCGGCCGAAUACGUCGAGGCACUUGUUUCGGUUGGCAUUUGUUUGGUCCAGCAUCCUCCCAGACACGCGCUGGAGAAUUGAUGCCCGGGAUUUUUUUGAAGUGUGGUCUAACUAA